AUGUCUCGUCGAGUUGAAGUCGGCUCGAGGGUGGCUCGGCGUCGGGGCUCGGUGGCUCUCGGCGGCUCGGUGGCCACGGCACCGGAAUCGGAGGUCAAACACGUGCCAUCCCACGUGGGACGGCUUACAAAAACCUCAGUGUUGAAAUCAGCGACCCCCACAAAACCACCAAAUACGGCUAGCGUCAAUCACGCCAUCGUCCUCCAUCAACGCGACUUCGAGACGAAGCCACAGCAUUUUGAUGGCUCGGUCCAGAAUUUGCCAUACUGCGUAGUCAUGUUUGCGGCACUUAUGGAGACGCCGCGCGGGUUGCCGUGGGCCGAGCGGGCUGACAAAAAGAUCCCCCUUAGCUCCAUCUCCGGGCCGACAUAUGCCACCGGUCAGCUGCUCGUCCAGCAGACGGCUUAUAAGCUCUCCGACAAGAUCUUCUCCUUCUCUCCCGAGACCUUUAACCUCGACAAUGCCGUGAAGGAGUGGUCGAAUGCCGACGAGAAGAACAUCCAUGGCGAGACAACAACUGUCGUGCCGCUCCAAACCCGGGCCGGUGCCGGAACCUUUGCGCUGGGCUACAUCUUCUCCAAGGACUUUGACCUCAGCAAGCGCCACAUCCCCCAGACCCUUCUGGCCCCCUCGCUGAGCCUUCGUCACCUGCGCUCCGCCCUCGACCAGCUCUCGUUGUUGUAUGGCGUGGCCAGCCCCUUUGUUGCCCACAUCGCUGCCGCCGACUACUCGGCCCACGAUGGCCUGGUCCCCGACUACGAGAGCGCUCUCCAGACUGCCGAGGACCUGGGCCUGGGUCUCGUCUCCAGCGCCUCUGCCUACGAAGUUCAGCACAUGUCGCUUCUCGCGACUGCCCUGGCUUCGUUGCUGCCCACGCUCCACGUCUACGACGGCCUUCGCACGGCCAGGGAGACGCUGAGGGUGGUGGAUGCGCUGAGCGAGACCAGCAUUGCCGACAUCUACAAGAAGAUUGCGCAGGCAGCCGGCGCUCUGAACAAGAGGCUGGACACCGCCGGCAAGGUAGUCGAGCUCCUGCGCUCGUUCAACAGCGAGCUCGGAACCGCGUAUGCCCCGUUCGAGUACCACGGCCAUGAGGCGCCGGAGCUGGUUCUCGUGGUCUUCGGCAGCGUCGAGGCCCAGCUCGCCAAGCAGGUGGUGAACACGCUCGCCGCCGAGGGCAAGAAGGUCGGUGCUAUCAACGUCCGCAUCUACCGGCCGUUCAUCGAGGAGGCAUUCCUCGAGGCCCUCCCCGAGUCGGUGCGCCAGAUCGCCGUGCUCGGCCAGGUCCGUGACGCCGUGGCCGUGGACGACGCGUCUGUACAAUCUGCGCUGUACUCGGACGUCCUGACUGCCGUCUCGUUCGCCGACCGGUCGCACGAGCCGGUGGUUGUCGACGUCAAGUAUGCCGCGUCGACGGUCCACACCCCCAGCUCGGUUGCCUCCAUCAUCCACCAGCUCACUGCCAAGGACAGCCAGAACGAGAUCACCCUCGCCCUGCAAGCGCUGGAACAGGCUCGUCAGUACACCUUCUGGGACGUAGACAACUCGUCGGCUGUCGCUGCGCCCAAGUCUCUCGGUAAGCUGCUCGCGCGCGAGGCUCCCAACAACGUCUACGUCCACGAGACGUACGACAACCUCAUUCAGGGCGGCGCUGUGCGCACCGACAUCCGGAGCUCUGAGAAGUCCAUCGAGGCACCUUUUGCCAUCGAGGAGGCCGAUGUUGUUUUCGUCGGCGAGGAGAAGCUGCUCAAGGACCUCGACGUGGUGAAGGGUUCCAAGGCUGGCAGCAAGCUCAUCGUCCGGUUGCCCAACUUCAAGGAGGAUGACCUGGAGAAGCGGAUCCCUACUGCGGCAAGGAAGCAGAUUCAAGAAAAGGGCCUCGAGCUUUUUGUGCUCGACUCUUCUUUCUCGCCCGCUCUGGAAAAGGACGCCGGACUCUUGGCCCAGCUUGCCUUCUUGCACGUCGCACGGCCCGAGAUUACGGUGCCCGAGCUCGCCAAGUUGGGUGAAGUCGCCCAAGGCGAAGUGACGCUAGCCGAGUUUGCCGAUGCCCUCCCGCAAGCGCUCAAGACGAUCGAGGUCCCGGCUACCUGGGCUGAGGCGACCGAAGCCCCAGCCGUGCCCCUCAAGGCGCUCACGCCCACCAGCUUCGUGCCUUUCGACAAGAACGAGCAGGAGCCGGCGCUCAAGCUCGAUAGCUGGCAAGAGGCUGCCAAGGGCCUCGUCUUCAAGGAGGCGUACGGCACCCAGAUCGACCUCCGCCCCGACCUCACGGUGAAGACGUUCACGGUCCACGUCCAGGAGAACCGCCGGCUCACGCCGGAUGCCUACGACCGCAACAUCUUCCACAUCGAGUUCGAUCUCGGCACCUCCGGGCUCACGUACAACAUCGGCGAGGCGCUCGGCAUCCACGCCGACAACGACCCGAAGCAGGUGGUGGACUUUAUCAACUUCUACGGCCUCAACGCCGACGACCUCGUGCAGGUGCCGUCGCGCGAGGACGCGGCGGUGGCCGAGACGCGCACCGUGUACCAGUCGCUGGUGCAGAACCUGGACAUCCUGGGCAAGCCGCCGAAGCGCUUCUUCGAGGCGCUCGCCGAGUUCGCGACGGACGAGGCCGAGAGGAAGAAGCUCGAGUUCCUGGGCGGCAAGGACGGCGCCCACGACUUCAAGAAGCUGUCCGAGGUCGAGACGGUCAGCUACGUCGACGUGCUCGAGACGUUCCGGUCGGCGCACCCGGCCUUUGCCGACCUCGUCCGCAUCGUCGCCCCGCUCAAGCGCAGGGAGUACAGCAUCGCGUCGGCGCAGGCCGUCACGCCGACCUCGGUCGCGCUCAUGAUCGUCGUCGUCGACUGGGUCGACACCAAGGGCCGCACGCGCUACGGACAAGCCACACGCUAUCUGUCGGGACUCAAGCCGGGCACAGCCGUAACAGUCUCCGUCAAGCCCUCCGUCAUGAAACUCCCCACGGCCGACACGGCGCCGCUGAUCAUGGCCGGGCUGGGCACGGGCCUGGCGCCGUUCCGGGCCUUUGUGCAGUACCGGGCCAUGCAGAAGGCGCAGGGCAAGGAGAUCGGCGCGAUCUUGCUGUACCUGGGCAGCCGGCACCAGCGCGAGGAGUACCUGUACGGCGAGGAGUGGGAGGCCUACAUGGACGCGGGCGUCAUCACCCUGCUGGGCGCCGCCUUCUCGCGCGACCAGCCCCAGAAGAUUUAUAUUCAGGACCGCAUGCGCCAGACUAUUGCCGAUAUUGUGCAGGCGUAUAUCAAGGAUGAGGGGUCGUUUUACUUGUGCGGGCCGACGUGGCCCGUGCCGGAUGUUACGGCGGUGCUGGAGGAGGCGAUUGCGGUCGAGGCGAAGGAGGGUGCGAGGAAGGUUGAUCCCCGCAAGGAGAUCGAGAGGUUGAAGGAGGAUUCGCGCUAUGUGUUGGAGCGGGCCGCCCGAGCAGUCAACCUCCUCCGCACAGUACAAUUCAGCCACCCGCCAUCCUGCCCCUGCCACUCCAACCCCAACCACCACCACCACGCCGCCACCGCGCCCUCAGCGUUAACCACCGUCUCCCGCUUCGCCGACCGCACCUCUGCCCUCCACCACACCAACCGAGGGAGCGGCAGCAGCAGCAGCCGCGGGUAUGCCACGCCGCGCGACCCGGCCCAGCAGAAGGAAUACGCCUUCGAGAUGGCGGCGUCGUCGAUCCGGUUUGGGCCGGGGGUGACUCGUGAGGUUGGUAUGGAUCUGGCCAACAUGGGCGCUAAGCGGGUGGCCGUGGUGACGGAUCCGACUGUAGAUCGGCUGGAGGCGAUGCGCCAGGUGCGGGAGGCGCUCGAUGCGGAGGGGAUUGAGUACCGGGUGUAUGCGAAGGUGGUGGUGGAGCCGAAGGAUUAUUCUGUCAAGGAGGCCAUCGAAUGGGCCAAGCCGUACGCGCCUGACGCCUUCCUCGCCGUCGGCGGCGGCUCCGUCAUGGACACGGCCAAGCUAAUGAACCUCUACACCUGCUACCCGGAUGCCGACUUCAUGGACUUCGUCAACGCGCCACUCGGCAAGGGGCGGCCGGUCGACCGCAAGCUGAAGCCGCUCAUCGCGGUGCCCACGACAGCCGGAACGGGCAGCGAGACGACGGGGACGGCCAUCUUCGACCUGGCGUCGCGGCGGGCCAAGACGGGCGUGGCGCACCGCAACCUCAAGCCGACGCUCGGCAUCUGCGACCCGCUCAACACCCGCACCAUGCCCGCCGCCGUCAAGGCCGCCUCGGGGCUCGACGUGCUCUGCCACUCGCUCGAGUCGUGGACCGCCAUCCCCUUCCAGGAGCGCACCCCGCGCCCGACCAACCCCAUCCUCCGCCCGGCUUACCAGGGCGCCAACCCGAUCAGUGAUAUCUUCUCGCUGAAUGCCCUGCGCCAGACCGUCAAGUACCUGCCGCGCUCUGUCCGGGACCCUGACGAUAUGGAGGCCCAGAGCGAGAUGCUGCUGGCGAGCACGCUCGCGGGGGUUGGAUUCGGGAAUGCGGGCGUGCAUCUGUGCCAUGGCAUGUCAUACCCCAUCUCGGGCCAGAACCCGGGGUACCGGCACGCCGGGUACGAGGUCGACGCGCCCAUCAUCCCGCACGGCGUGUCGGUGGCGGUGUCGGCGCCGGCCGUGUUCCGCUUCACCGGCCCCUCGAACCCGGAGCGCCAUCUCGCCGCCGCCGAGGCCUUUGGCGUGGAUGUUAGCAACGUCAAGAAGGAGAGCGCGGGCGAGGUGCUGGCCGACGCGCUGACCAAGUUCCUGGCUGAUUUGGGUGACCAGCCUGCCGGGUUAAAGCAACUGGGGUUCCGCCGCGAGCAUAUUGAGGAGCUGGUCGAGGGCACGAUACCGCAGGCGCGCGUGCUGAUGCUGGCCCCGGGGCUGGCGAAGGAGUUGGAGCAGGAGAGGGAUCAGCUGAGGCGGUUGUUUGAGGAUGCGCUGGAGCAUUGA